AUGAAUAGCGGAACUCCAAUAUCCGCAGUGAAGCGAAGGGCAUGUGUGGCGUGCACGGUUGCCAAGGCGAGAUGCACGCCGCAGGUCGCCAACAUAUGUCAGCGCUGCGCUCGUCUCGGCAAGUCUUGCACAUUCCUUGAUCUUCCUCAGACGAGGCGUAAGCAAAAGGCUACACCAAGUCGUGUGGAGGUGCUAGAGAAAAAGGUCGACCAAUUGGUGUCGCAACUGGCUACCCUGACGCGACCGAACGAACAAAUAUCGCCAAAUACGUCCAAUACACUCACUGAUGACUUGGAAUUAUCACGUGAAGCCCAGCAAGAGCCAACAGAUGUUGCCAGUAUGCUCGAGGCGGCCAAAGACCCGUCGCACGGCGUAGAUCCUCCAACUAGCUCUGUUCUGGAAGGCCAGCCAUCUAUUGUAGACCGUGGACUUUUAAGCGAAGCCGAGGCUGAGCGCUUGAUUAUGUCCUUUCAGUUUGGAUUCUUCCGAGAGCGAGAGCCUUUUCUCUUUCUGUGCGUCGUGGCCGCGACCAUAGGCAGUACCCACCCUCUAAGAAAAACCAUUGCGGAAGAGGUUAUGAACCACGUUACAAUGAGAAUUGUAGCAAGAUCUGAAAGAAAUCUCGAGCUGCUGCGUGGUCUGUUGGUUUAUAGCGCAUGGUACACCUACCCUGCAGAGAGACAUCACCCGCGGCUCUUGCUCUUGAUUCAGCUAUGUUUUUCCAUCCUUUAUGAUUUGGCAUUGCACAAAAAGUCCAGUACAAAUUUGGAUGAACAGAGAGCGGUACUUGGCACACACUGGCUGUCAGCUGGUUUAUGCGGCGUACUAGGCCGACCAAGUACCAUGAAGCACGAUAAUCGAGUCGAUGAGUGGCAACUGUCCGAUCGGUGGAUUUCGCCAUUUAUAGAAUUACAGUCAUUCUUGGGAACAAUGGAUCAAGUUCACACAUCGGUGCAUGCAAGUGGCGGAAGAGCGCUUGUCCAGGUUACACACAGCUCUCUUCAGCGGCAAUUUGAUAACAUCAAGGCAGAUGUAGAAAAGUCUCUCUCAGACUGCCCGCCGUCCACAGUGAACGCCAUACGAACAGAAAUCAAAUAUGCUGAAAUGCGGGUAGAGGAAUUUUGCUUUCGUGAGGAGCUGUGGAUUGCAGACCCUGUCAAUCCGAUCAGGAUAACCAUGCUGAUGAACAUGAUUCAACGAAGCAAGGAGCUCAUUCAAACAAUCAUCAACCUACCAGCCUCGGAGAUUAUCCAAAUAACGAUCACCACAAGCGCUCGCGUAUGUGCUGCCCUGGGCUAUAUACCUACUGCAGUAUUGUCUCUUCUCACCAUCCUUACCAGACACAAUGGCUCUGCUACUGAUGACCAGGUGCAGGCUGUUGUUGAUGCAGCGGAUUAUCCAAAUAUUGUGACAGAACUUGCCGACGCGCUUGAAAUAAGAUUUGCGCAAUUGUCUGCUCAGGAGAGAGAGACCGACGUGGUGGGAAGUCUUUGCUCCAAGAUGCGGCUGCUAGCACGCUGUUAUCCAUAUCAGGUCAGAGGAGUUGUGGGAAGUUUGCACUCCCAAGACGCAAGACAAAGCGUUUCCUCGGUGGUAGCUCACAACGAUGAAAUGGCCACGACACCCGAAGUCUGGCCCCCCGUUUACGAGGAAUUUGGAGAAAUAUUUCCUAUGGAUGAUUUGCAAUGGGAUUCUCUACUGAGUGAUUUCACUGGUUUUUAA